AUGGCACCCCGCAAGCGAAAAGCGACCAAAAGCGAGAGUCCCGACGCAGACACGAAGCAGGAUGCUGGAAUAACACAACAUGCGCACAAGAAAGAACGUCUGACCGACCUCCGAUCUCCACAUCCCAAUGCGAAACAGACUGAAGACUUUGGUAUCGUUCUGCGCGACUUCUAUCCCCCGGAAAUGGCAAAUGAGCGCUGUCAGGCCUACAACGACGGGACCCUCGAACGACCGAUCGAGACCCUGGAGAAAGCGUGUCGGGAUACCGCAGAACACCGCCGUUCCGCAGAAGCCGGACAAGCAGUCGUACACUGGUUCAAGAGCGACCUGCGUCUACAUGACAACCGGGCCCUUCGCAUGGCCUUUGAUAUAGCCAAGGAGAACGAGGUGCCCUUGAUCUGCCUCUAUAUCCAGUCCCCGGAGGACUUGACUGCCCAUCUUGCUAGCCCGGCGCGAGUAGACUUUACUCUACGUACUUUACAGCGGCUUCAACAGGACCUCGCCGAACUGGAUAUUCCCCUUUACAUGGAGACCGUGGAGAAGCGCGAAGCCAUCCCAGGCCGCAUUGUGGAAUUGUGCCAACAAUGGGAGGCCAAGCAUUUGUGUGCCAACAUUGAGUAUGAAGUGGACGAGCUGCGUCGGGAUGCUAAGAUUGUGCGCCUGUGUGCCAAGAACAACAUCGACUUCUCUCUCUCACAUGACAGCUGUGUUGUUACGCCAGGUGCCCUGAGUAGCCAGCAAGGCAAGCAAUACGCCGUGUACACGCCCUGGUUCCGCUCAUGGCUCGCAUUUUUAAAGGGGAACCCGGAUUAUCUAGAGCUAUCGGAGGAACCUGGCACGAAUCCGGGCGACGCGCGGAGAACGUUAUCUGACCUCUUUGAUUGCAAGCUGCCAAGUGCACCCGAGAACAAAAAGCUUUCUGACAAGGAGCGAAAACGCUUUGAGGAACUCUACCCCGCGGGUGAGCACGAAGCUCUCCCACGACUGGAGAAAUUUCUGGAGGAAAAAGGUCGUCAAUAUGAGGAGAUGCGUAGUGUGCUGCCUGGGAAGCACACGUCCAUCCUUAGCCCGUAUCUCGCCAGCGGUGCCAUCAGCGCCCGCACUGCAGUUGUGACAGCAAAGCGAGCAAACAAGAACCACCUGGAUCGGUAUGACGCAGGAUACAUCUCGUGGAUUAGUGAGGUCGCCUGGCGUGACUUUUACAAACAUGUGUUGGUCCAAUGGCCCUUCAUCUGUAUGAAUAAAUGUUUCAAACCAGAACAUACCGAUAUCGAGUGGGAAUAUGAUGCAGAUCAGUUCCAGGCAUGGUGCGAAGGUAAAACCGGUUUUCCCAUUGUGGACGCCGCGAUGCGACAACUUCGCCAUUGCGCAUGGAUGCACAACCGGACACGGAUGGUGGUAUCGUCCUUCCUGUCCAAGGACUUACUGCUUGACUGGCGUCGUGGGGAGCGAUUCUUCAUGGAGAAUUUGAUCGAUGGUGACUUUGCGUCUAAUCAUGGCGGCUGGGGAUUCGGCUCUAGCACCGGCGUUGAUCCGCAACCAUACUUUCGCAUCUUCAAUCCUUUGCGACAGAGUGAGCGCUUCGAUCCUGAUGGGGAGUACAUCCGACACUGGGUACCGGAAUUGAAGGAUGUGGAGGGCAAGGCGAUCCAUGACCCAUAUGAACGAGGUGCUGGGUCUAUUGCUGAAAGGAAUGAUUAUCCCCGGCCCAUCGUGAAUCAUGCGGAGAGUCGGGAACGCGCACUAACGCGAUACAAGAAGGUCCUGCAGAAGUAG